GAGCGCUCGGCGAGAGCGCACGUCCGUCGCGCGUGUAACAUGUGCUUCGAAACGAAUGCGAUGUCCCAAAACUGAUUUAAGUUCGACAGCAACUUAAUCCCAGUGUUGUGUGUAGUGAUGUCUGCCGAACAAGCCAGUGAGUGCGCAGUGAGCGUGGUUCAGUCGGUGCAGUGCUGAGUGCGUGACUUACUCGAGGCGCCGCUGUUGAUGCUGUUACACAGAUUGGAUUUCCUCAUGAUAUACUGUAACAGAUAGAUAGCCAUGGAGAGCCGGGUGGGCCUGGACUACAUAGUGGAGCACGCGGAGUACGCCGGCAAGCUCGCCGCCGCGCUCACCUCACCCGCCGCGCCGGUCAAGAAGCAGGUCUUCGAGUUGCUGUCAGCAUUAUGUGUUUACAAUGCGGACGGAUAUGCUCGGGCCGUGGACACCCUCGAUCGGUACAAGACCAUAAAAGGCGAGCGAUACCGCCUGAAUGUGGUGGUGGAGGAGCUGAAGAAUGCGGCCACGGUGGACUACAAGACCGCGCUCGUGGCCUUCAUCAACUGCAUCAUCAUCUCCGCACCACGGCUGCCUGACAGGAUCAGGGUCAGGAAUGAGUUCAUUGGUCUUGGACUUCUCCCAACUCUCAACAACUUAAGACAUGAAGCCGCCAGCCACCCAGACCUGGGCGUUCAGCUCGACGUGUUCGAGGAGCAGCGGGAGAGCGACGAGGCCCAGGGUCCUGGAGGAAUCAACCUGAAUUCCCACCUGGAUGUGUUCUACGCCAUACUUAAACAGGUCGCCGACACACCACAAGAGAUCCCGUUCCUGAGCAUCCUCCAGCACCUGCUGCGAAUCGACCCUAAGGAGCCUGUCAGCGACAUAGUAUGGGACACUGCUGAGACGCUGGUCCAUCGUGCUACCCUUCUGGAAAGCAGGGAGGAUGCUGCCAAGCUGCUCAGAGCUCCCAGUGUCCAGCAUUCUCUGGGAAUAGAACCUAAGGAGCCUGUCAGCGACAUAGUGUGGGACACUGCUGAGACGCUGGUCCAUCGUGCUACCCUUCUGGAAAGCAGGGAGGAUGCUGCCAAGCUGCUCAGAGCUCCCAGUGUCCAGGAGCUUGUCAGCGACAUAGUGUGGGACACUGCUGAGACGCUGGUCCAUCGCGCUACCCUUCUGGAGAGCAGGGAAGAUGCUGCCAAACUGCUCAGGGCUCCUAGUGUCCAGUGUCCAGGUGAGAAAGGAAAUCCAGUCAUACUUCAGCACUCGUUGGAAACAGACCUUAAGGAGCCUGUCAGCGACAUAGUAUGGGACACUGCUGAGACGCUGGUCCAUCGCGCUACCCUUCUGGAGAGCAGGGAGGAUGCCGCCAAGCUGCUCAGGGCUCCUAGUGUCCAGAGUCGAAAAUACAUGUACAAGGUGAUCCCGCCGCCUCCCGCGCCGCUGCCGCCGGGCCCGCCGCCGCCGCCCGCGCCGCCGUCGCCGCCGUCCGCGCCCGCGCCGCCGCCCGCACACGUCACGCUGCCGCAGCAGGAGACGCCCAUGCCCAAGACCAAGAUGAAGACCAUCAAUUGGAACAAGAUACCUGACAGCAAAGUAAUCGGCAAGAACAACAUCUGGUCUCUGGUGGCGUCCAGCCACAAGCACUCGCCCAAGGCCGAGCUCGACUGGAGCGAGAUCGAGGGGCUCUUCUGUCAACAGAUCCAACCGACGGGCUCGGCGGGCUCGUCGCCGCGGCUGGGCCGGAGCCCCGUCUGCGACAGCUCGGGCGAGCGGCGCCCGCGCAAGGAGGCGUCCGAGAUCACGCUACUCGACGGCAAGAGGAGUUUGAAUGUCAACAUCUUUUUGAAACAGUUCCGAAGUUCCAACGAAGAUAUCAUCCAACUCAUCCGCGAGGGUGCCCACGACGACAUCGGCGCGGAGAAACUCCGCGGGCUCCUCAAGAUCCUGCCCGAAAUAGACGAGUGCGAGAUGCUGAAGGCUUUCACGGGUGACGUCACCAAGCUAGGGAACGCUGAGAAGUUCCUGUUGCAGCUGAUCCAGAUUCCCAACUAUAAAUUAAGGAUAGAAUGUAUGCUGCUGAAAGAAGAGUGGGUGUCAACCGCUGGAUACCUAGAGAGUGCCAUCAACGCUAUACUGGUGGCCGGGGAUGAUCUGAUGAACUCUAGAGCUUUACAGGAGGUGCUGUACAUAGCACUGAUCGCGGGCAACUUUCUGAACGCGGGCGGCUACGCGGGCGGCGCCGCCGGCGUCAAGCUGGGCUCGCUGCAGAAGCUCGCCGACAUCCGCGCCAACAAGCCCGGCAUGAACCUCAUGCACUACGUCGCCAUGCAAGCAGAAAGAAAGAACAAAGAGCUAAUCCACUUCGCGGACGACACCAGAGUUUUAGAGGAAGCGGCCAAGGCCAGCGUGGAGCAACUGUACAAUGAGAUCAAGACCCUCAGUCAGAGGAUCGGAGUCCUCAAGAAGGAGAUCCAGAUGCCGCUCACCCAGCAGGAUAUUAGGGAACAGAUGGGAGACUUCUUACAGGUGGCAGAACAAGAGGUGUCAGCUUUGAACAAAGAUAUGGAAGAGGUGGAGAGUAUCAGGAAACAGCUGGCCGAAUUCUUCUGUGAAGACCCUGUUUCCUUCAAACUAGAGGAAUGCUUUAAGAUAUUCGUGACGUUCUGCAACAAGUUCAAGUCGGCGGUGGCGGACAACGAGCGGCGCCGCGCCAACGAGGAGCAGGCGGCCCAGCGGCGCCGCGCAAGGGACGCUGCUGCCGCACGCACGCGAGCCACUGGAGGCAGCGUAUGCACCACGCCAGUGUCGGAAUGCGAAUCUCUAAUGGAGUCGUUGUUACUAGACAUCAGGAACGGCCUCGGAAGGAGAUCCUUGAGGAGGCCCCACGACCCGUCACCUUCGCCAGACGUGACGCCCACGGGCAGUCUUCGACGCCGCAGCCGUGCCAGCCCGGGAGCCGACGAAGACGGUCUACUGGAGUUCCUACGUCACAGCUCGCCCGCCGACGCGCGGGAACGCAGCGCUUGGGGCAGCCUGGACCGGUCGUGGUCGCGUCGCGGCGCUCCGCGUGCCCGACUAGAGAUCCCGGAGCGCGAGCGCGCGCCCUCCCCGCGCGCGCCCGAGCCGGCGUCCGACGCGCCCGACCCCGCGCCCGCCAAACCCAAAGAGUGGCGCCAGAAGAUCGAGUCGUGGCUCCGCGCCAACAGUCAAGAAGAGCGGCGAGAGGCUGAACUACGGGAGCGCGCGCGCAGGUUGCAAGCCCAUCGACGCUCUUUGGAAAACGACUCCGGUAAUAAUACGACUCUAUACCAGCAGGAGCGGCGAGAGGCCGAACUACGGGAGCGCGCGCGCAGGUUGCAAGCCCAUCGACGCUCUUUGGAAAACGACUCCGAGAGCGAGCGAAGUGCGACCCUGGACCCUCUGCCGGAAGCGCGCGGCGACUGGCGGCCUGCCGUGCUACCUGAUAGUGACGUCGUGCGCGCGCUCGAGACUGUCGAAGAUGUGCAACCGCAGAACAAAGACCGCGUGCCGUGGAGAAAGACUGAAGAGAACGAAGAGAUGAGGCGUCUUCGAAGACAGCGCUCGCGACCGCAGCUCGACACACAGUCCUCACUCGUCUCCAUCACAGAGGAAGAGAAACGCCGCCUACCCGACAUACAGGUCACCUCGGAAAAGGAGAGCCGCCUGGAACGAACUGACAGAGAAAUAGACGCUGACAAUAUUGAAACACCACCGGUACAAAGAAAGAUGUUCAACCCCCCACCAGAGAGGGAACCCUGCAGAAAGUUCCAGCCGUCCUUAUCCAAGUUUAGUAUGAACGAUAAAGCGACAGCAGAAAUGAAGGAUCUCUGCCAGGAGAUUCUAGGAGACGGACAGUUUGACAGGUUCUCAGCUGCCAGAAGAACGAGGAGGUACAAAAGAAAUACCGAUUCCAGUUCCCCAGAAGAUGAGAAGAAACCUGAGGUUCCGGUCACGGAAUUGGUAGCAGAAACGCAAGUUAUCAGGCCGUCUAAGCUAGAAGUCCAAGCGUCAUAUGCAGUGGAGACUCCUCAAGAAGUAGCGAAGCCGAUAGAAGCGGUCGUCAAAGAUGAAAAGGAGCACAGGCUCAAACGCUGGCAGGACCGACUCAAGAACCAAAGCACAUCCACACCGACCAAAGAAACUAAGCCUACGUAUUCCAGGAUGAGGCGGCAGACGUCCAUCAAUCAGGAGGACGUCCAGAAAGCGAUUAGGGAGCUGAAAUCUCCGACGGAGACCCCGACGGGAGUAUGGUCGAGGAACGCGUAUAGGAAAUCGACGAAUUCGAAGACCGAAAAGCCUACUGUGGAGAGAACGACGUCCCCACGUAUGUCGAAGGUCAAAAGCGAGCACGAGCUCAACGACGAAGGCUUCGAGGAGACGCAAAGCCUCAACUCCGAAAGCGCGUCCCAAGGCGCGUCCUCCGGCUGCAACGUAGACUGCGACUCGCCCGUCCCCAAACCGACGAAAACCCCUGAAAUUCCAAAGAGAAUACCGACCAAAGACACCAAAACCCUUCCGCGGACGCCCUUGGACCCAAAGCGAGCCGUUCCUAAACGAACCAGCUCUUUAAGAGUUGAGCGGUCUACUUCAAGAGCUUCCUUGCGGAGUUCUAGAAGUUCGUUGAACAGUUCAGCAUCAGUGGCCACUGUGAAGCGUGCUCCUGCCCCAGUGAAGCCCACUCCAAAGCCUGUCCCUAAGCCAGUGUCCCGCAUGCCAGCUUCCCGCUCUUCCUCCUCAGGCAGCUCGGUCGGAGCGUCCCGACCUCCGCUGAAGACUGUCCCAAGGACUUCAGGUUUCAUGCGUCCCACCCAGGCUUCCAAAGGUCGCGGCGGUCUUAGCCCCCAACAGAUCAUACGGGCCAGUGUCAAGUAACCAAACUAAACUUGUAUGUCAGGGUAAACCUUUGAGUAAGAUACUUUAGUGCCUUACGCUGUGAAUCCACUAGGCAAUAUUUUGACUUUGAAUCUGUUUUUUUCAUUUCUUUUUGUUUAUAAUAACUGGCAACACAGUUCUAGUUGUAUAAUGUUGCCCAGUGGACACACAGUUUUAAUCUAAAAGUAUAGUUCGACUUUCAAAGUAUUGAAUUAACGUGUUUUGAAAAUCAAAUUGUACCAACGAAUCCAGUGUUCGAGUAUUUGUUUAAAAAAGUUACAUUUUUCGCAUGAAACGAGUAACCCUAUGUUUAGUAUAGCGUUAUCUCUUUCUGGCAAUGAUAAAGUAACAUAACAAGUAUAGCAAGGCACAGUUAGUAAUAAAUAAAAAAAUAUAAAAUUAUUAACCAACAAAUAAUAAAAAAAAUAUUAUUGGAAUCUUCAGAUGCAAAAGGCGAUAGAAUCUCAACACAAUCUGAAGUUUUCAAUGACUGAUUAUUAUAAUUUAAAUAAUAAUGUUUUCAUAGAUCUGCGUUAGUUUCGAAAAUUU